AGCACCUUCCAGACAGUCGGUCUCAUCGCUACAUGCACAACCGCUAUGCUCAUCAAUUCCUCAAAUAACACGGCAGUGGCUAUCGCGCUCCCCACCCUGGGCAGGGACCUCAACAUUCCCCAGUACAGACUACAGUGGGUCAUUUCCGCAUAUACCCUCAGUUCUGGUUGCCUCCUCCUCUUUUUCGGUCGCCUUGCAGAUCUUUUUGGCCGCAAAAAAGCGUUCCUCAUCGGUAUGGCCUGCCUCAGUGUGUUCAGCUUGGGCUGUGGGUUCGCACAAACCGAGAUCACGAUCGACAUUCUCCGUGGACUCCAAGGGCUCGGCGCGGCCGCGGCCAUCCCCGCCUCUCUCGGUAUCCUCGCACACUCGUUCCCGCCAUCCCGCACGCGCUCCAUCGCGUUCGCGACCUUCGCGGCCGGCGCGCCCGUCGGUGCGGCGAUUGGAAGCGCGAUCGGCGGUGUGCUCACGCAGCUGACCGAGAAGCACUGGCGGUCGACGUUCUGGUUCAUGAGCGGCAUCAGCGCGCUCACCUUCGUGGGCGGGUUCGUCAGCUUCGACGCGGACAUGCCGUCCACGGAAAGGGACCGACGCAUCGACUGGCUGGGCGCGUUCCUCGUCACCGCCGGCCUUGUGUUGAUCGUGUUCGUCCUGAGCGACGGCACGAUCGCCCCUGACGGCUGGCGGACCGGAUACAUCAUCGCGCUGCUCAUCAUCGGGGUGAUCCUGCUCGCCGCCUACAUCUGGUGGGAGCACUUCCUCGAGCGCAAGCUGGACGCGCACUCGCCCGCGUGGUGGACGCCGCCGCCGGUGAUGCGCGUGUCGCUGUGGGGGCGCGCGCGCGGCAAGCUCGCGGUGACGCUCGUGCUCGCGCUGCUCGAGUACAGCGCGUUCAUGAGCUUCGGGUUCUGGAUCCAGCUGUACUACCAGAACUACCAGGGCCUGAACCCCGUGCUGACGAUGGUGCGCCUGCUGCCGAUGUUCGUCACGGGCGUGAUCUGCAACGUGAUCGUCGCGCUGUUCGUCGGCCGCGUGCCGCUCGUCUUCCUCGUCGCCAUCGGGACGACGCUCACCGCGACGGCGAACCUGCUCUUUGCGGUGAUCGACACGCACUCGCCGUACUGGGCGUUCGGCUUCCCCGCCGCGAUCGUGUCGGUGUUCGGCGCGGACUUUGUGUUCGCGUCCGGCACGCUGUUCGUCGCGAAGGUGUGCCUCCCGCACGAGCAGAGCGUCGGCGGCGCGCUGUUCCAGACGAUGACGCAGCUCGGCGCGUCCUUCGGGCUCGCGGUGACGACGAUCGUGUACGACACGGAGCUCGCCAAGGCCGCGCGCAAGGUCGGCGUGAUCGUCAACGUGGACGGCUCGAACGCGCCACUGUCUGCGCAGCUGACCGCGUACAAGGACGCGUUCUGGAUGGGCUUUGCGCUCGGCAUGCUUGGAUCAGUGCUGUCCGUUAUCUUCCUGCGUGGCGCCGGCAUCGUCGGGCACCGC